AUGAGAAGCAAAUCCAUCUUAGCUGGUGCCGUUAAUGUUCCAAUUGAACCAACAUCAAAUGUUGACUCACGAACGACAAACAAUAUUGUCAUAAAGAACUAUAGUUCGGAGUGUUUGAAAGAAAAAGAACCAGAGCUGAAAUCCGUGAAUUUAAACUCAGCUUCAAACGCUAACGCUACAUCAGAUAUUAAGUUAGAGUAUCCACCACUGGACCAAAUUCUUUCAAGAGAAGCCAACGACAACCCUUACACAAAUGUUCAAACAAAUCCUUCAGAUAACGUAGACCAUUACCUUCUUCAGUUAUACCAAACAAUUUUACUCAAAGACGAUAAGAAGCUUUUGAUAAAUCUUAUAAGUAAGAACCAAAUAAUUCUAACAAAGGAGGACCUUGAAAUGUUAUAUCACGAAUAA